AUGCGCAUCACACCCCCGAUUAGAGCUAUCGGCAAACGAGCAUACGGAUUACCUGAUGGUAAGCAAUCAGCGCCACCCAUGGACACCGGCAACGGAGUAGUUACGAGUGGAACAAAAACAGUAAUAUCGAAUAGCAAAUACAAUGAAGAGUUAGUACUACAAAACUCAACACACAUAGAAACAAAAGACGCAAUGGAGUUCAAAAUUAAAGAUUACGUAAUAUUUCCUAAAAAAUCUGAAGUGGAAAUUAUUGUUAAUGGUCUGACUGGAUACCAGAAACCUAAUCAAGUUAGGAAGGAACCUAGGAAUGCUAAAUUAUCAUCAGAAUUCUUUUCUUCUUCAACUCCCGAAGAUCAGGAACAAUGGGAACGAAUAGUGGGUGGGAUAAAAGCCCCUAAUGGGUCUAUACCCUACCAGGUCUCUCUACGGUUAUGGGGCGUGUGGCACUUCUGCGGAGCUUCCCUAGUCACCCCUCGGGUCAUUCUUACGGCUGCCCAUUGUGUCGAUAGACUAGCUCCCCGGUACUUCAAAGCAGUUGUGGGCACAAACCAGCUGCUGGCUGGAGGCACAGCCUACGACAUUCGGAAGAUAGUGGUACAUGAAGAUUAUGACGAUUACAUCAUUAAGAAUGACAUUGCCAUACUCUUUACUGAACAAGAAAUGGAUUUUGGAAGGAAAGUUGACGCUGUGGAACUAAAUGACGAGCCCGUUGAAAAAGGGGAGGAGUUGUUGUUGACGGGGUGGGGGACAACUUCGUACCCUGGUCGUGUACCCAACGACUUAAUGCAAUUGGAACUAAGAUCCAUUACCUACGAGGAGUGUAAGGAAGCUCACAAGAGCAUAAAUCCCGUGUUUGAAACUCAGAUCUGUGCUUUAACGAAGGCUGGAGAAGGCGCUUGUCAUGGUGACUCCGGAGGUCCACUGGUACGAGAAGGUCGUCAGAUCGGCAUUGUGUCUUGGGGCAUUCCCUGCGCUAGAGGAAAACCUGAUGUCUACACUAAGGUGGAAGCGUACAUGCGAUGGAUAGAGAAGACCUUGUAUGAUGAUGACCAGGACCACGUUCGGUACAUAGAGGACCACAGACGCCACAGGAGGACUAACAGGCAUUGAUGUGUUUAUAGCAACAGGGUAAUUUCCGAUCAGUCAAAUUUCAUACUUUUUCUUUUCCAAAAUGUCAAAAACGAAUAUUUUCAAAUGAGGUUA